GAAACAUUGCCAAAUCAAACAUGCAGUGACAUUAUGUCGUUGGAAUUGAAAGCCAUCCAUUUUACCGACAGUAAGUAACAAAAGAUUCAUCGAAAAUCAUUUCGAAUAUGUGAAAUAUUUUCUCCAAGUGAUUCGACGGCAGAUGGACAAUUUUGAAAAUCGUUUACGAAUAUGAACUACGAACAAUGAAAGACUGAAAAUUUUUUGUAAAAUAAAUGAAGAAUUGUAGCGUUAUCGGUAAAAUAACUCCCUGUCCGUUGUAUUCCGGCAGCUUUGGUCAAUAUGAUAUAUAUAAUGACGAACGGGGGGGUGUGAAAAAUAAUCGAUUUUUGUCUCCAGUCAUGAAACACACGCCGCAAGUGGCGAAAUUGUGAGCUGUCAGUUUUCAUUUCGUGGAGAAUCGAACGAAAUAAUCAAUGUUGACAUAAUUGUUAUAAUUAUGUCGUUGUUUUACUUAAAAAUGGAAUAUUCCGAGAGGAAAACAGACACCUGUGAAGUACAUUGCGAAAAUAAAAAUGGUUCCAGAUAAUAGCAUAAGACGACUGUACUAGAUUCAGUCGUUUUUUCAAUAAUAUAAUAAAACAAGCUGUCAGGAAUUUUUUUUUCACACCCAUCGCGAAAAUAAAACUGUUCAGUCGUAUUGGCGAGCUAUGGCAGCCGCUCAAGGAACCCCGGAAUCCGAUGCUGGUAGCUUUGAAUGUUUUCAAAAUUACACAGCUCCAGAAGUUUUCGUUCAAGGACUUGCAGGCAUCGUCGAUCAACAAGAUGUCGAGUCCAUGAUACGUGCUCAAAAACAAAUGCUUCAGCGUUUUGAAAAGACAAACGAAAUGCUGACAAACUGCAACCAACUGUCAGUUAAUAGGCUGAAAUCGGCAGGAGUAGAAUUUAAAAAGCACACCGCUCUCUUGGCAGAAAUGAAACGAGAUUUGGAUCACAUAUUCAAGAGAAUACGUAUCGUCAAAAAUAAACUCAGCCAACAGUAUCCUCAAGCUUUCAAUGAGGCGGUGAGGAGCAGUUUGGCGGAAGAAGUGAUGGUAGAAGAUUUGGACCAAGGUCCGAAACCCCUGGAGCCAGAAGUGGUGCCUCUGCCUGUUCCUGUUUCCGGUAUAAAUGAUGGCGAUCCAGAUUCAGACGUUCCAGUCGAGGAGUUUCAGUUCGCAAAGCUGCGCAAAAGACGGAUUAAAAGCAACGACAGCUCCUCAACCGAGAGCAACAACGAGCACAGUAACGCUGACGACUCGUCCUGCACUUCGGACACGCCAUGAAUCCAUCACAUGAUUUUUCAUUAACAGAAAAACAGUCAGAAAUGAAAAAGAUGAAAAAACUAAAAUGUUCUCGGGAAAUCGAUUGAAAAAAGAAAGAUAAUUUCAUGAGGCAAAACGGAGAAACGAAUGACGAAUGGAAAAGAGAAAGAAAAACAAAGAAAUUAUACGCGCGAAUGACCACGAAAUAUUGUCACUGAAUUAAAAAGUGCUGAACUGAACAAAAGUGGACUAAAAUGAGCCAGAGAGAUUGAGACGACGAACAACCCAAGUCCUCGUCUGACCGAGUGUACCUGUAUAAUUUGUAAGGCUGCACGUGGGUGUAUUAUAACGAAACAUUGAAAGCAUAAUAAAUAACAAAUGUGUAAAUACAUAAAAUUUUAAAAAGAUUAAA